AUGUCGGCCACAUCACCAAACCAGGACGCUGCCCCAAGUUACGACCGCGAUGCCAUCGUAGCCAGCAUAGCGCGAUACUACGAGCUCCUCUCCAAAAUGGUAUCGAUAAAGCCAAAAGACAUUGCAUACGCCGGACAAGGCGGGCGUUCCGAUAGCAUGCUCUCGCUUUCGAAGUUACGUCUUCUGGGCUUCAACGAGCGAAUGAUUGACUUUAUCCGCCACGUCCCUUUCUCACACAGCAGCGACAGACCCGCGUUUCCCUACACGACGACCCGAAACUACUACACGAAUCUCUUCCGUUACCCCGAGGAAGACUAUAUGCUCGAAGAUCCCCACCGGACGGAAAUGUGGCCGUUUCCCGGAGCGGCUGGUCUGGAGACGUGGUGGAUGCUGGAUACUAACAAUGGCGAGCUUACUCCUCAUGGCCCGUCUACUGAGUGGGAAGUACCAGAAGAUGAGGAAUGGCGUACAUCUUCCCCCAUGCCUACGACUGCCUAUUUUGAAGGCUUGUGUGAGGACCUGAUAUCGCUGAAAAUGAUACCAGUUCCUGGAGGUCCUGGUUGGGAUUAUUGGGAGAUUUGGACAGUCCCCGAAGGUGGACAUCUGGAAGAUCGUAGCUCCCAUAAUCAUGCCUUUUUGACAUGGACUAACGAAGCCAAGACUAUCUAUCCUCGGUGCCACUGGCCUGAUUUACGCUAUUUCCAGCGCGCAAGAUGUCGUCGCCUCCUGCUUGAUUUGCGAAAAGGAUUCGAGGCGUAUGAGCGGGAGGGAAAAGCAAUGUCACCCCGUCUUCCAGCUUCCACGGGAGACACAGAGAAAAGGCCGCCCACGCCACCCGUUCUAGAGCUAGAGGAGGGUUAUCUAGACCUAUACUCUCCACCUUCUCGCAUUCUAGAUGAUUAA